UAUAAAACCUGAUGUUUUGUAACAGCGUGUGUGAAAACGUGACUGACAGUCAACACAGGGCAGAGCAGGCAGACAGACCGGGGACCAAGCUCUCUGAGACGGAGAGGUGUUUUAUCUGUUUCUGAUACAACUGCUGCUGCUUUUUGGGAAACGACAAGUAUGUCUACCUCCCGUACGAUCAUAUGUUUGCUGAGAAACGACCUGCGAAUCCACGACAAUGAGCUUUUCUACUGGGCUCAAAGAAAUGCAGAGCACAUAGUCCCGCUGUACUGCUUCGACCCCAGACAUUAUGUAGGAACUUACAACUACAACCUACCAAAGACGGGACCUUUCCGCCUGCGCUUCUUACUGGACAGUAUCAGAGAUCUCAGAAACACACUGCGCAACAAGGGCAGUAACCUUGUAGUGAGACGGGGUAAGCCAGAGGACGUAGUAGCCGACCUCAUCAAGCAACUGGGCUCUGUCAGCACUGUGGCUUUCCAGGAAGAGGUAACUUCAGAGGAACUGAAUGUGGAGAAAAAAGUAAAGGAUGUCUGUGCACAGAUGAAGGUCAAAGUUCACAGCUGCUGGGGGACGACACUGUACCACAGAGAUGAUCUCCCGUUUCACCACAUAUCCAGGCUGCCUGAUGUGUACACUCAGUUCAGGAAGGCAGUGGAGACUCAGAGCAGGGUGCGGCCUGUGUUCCCAACCCCCGAGCAGCUAAAACCUCUCCCCUCAGGACUGGAGGAAGGAGCCAUUCCUACCGCAGAGGACCUGCAACAGACAGAGCCUGUGGCUGAUCCUCGCUCAGCUUUUCCCUGUGCUGGUGGGGAAAGUCAGGCUUUAGGCAGAGUGAAACACUAUUUCUGGGACACUGAUGCAGUUGCAACUUACAAGGAAACGCGUAACGGCUUGAUCGGUGUAGACUAUUCCACUAAAUUUGCACCUUGGCUGGCCAUGGGUUGCAUUUCACCCAGGUAUAUUUAUCAUCAGAUCCAGCAGUACGAGAGGGAGCGGACAGCCAAUCAAAGCACAUAUUGGGUUAUUUUUGAACUCUUGUGGAGGGAUUAUUUCAAAUUUGUGGCUGUCAAGUAUGGGGACAGACUGUUUCAGAUCGAAGGACUUCAAGACAAAUCUGUGCCAUGGAAAACGGACAUGAAGCUUUUCGAUGCAUGGAAAGAGGGACGCACAGGAGUGCCCUUCGUGGAUGCCAACAUGAGAGAGUUGGCAAUGACAGGCUUCAUGUCCAACAGGGGGCGGCAAAAUGUCGCCAGCUUCCUCACAAAGGACCUGGGCCUGGACUGGAGGAUGGGAGCUGAGUGGUUUGAGUACCUUCUAGUUGAUCAUGAUGUGUGCAGCAACUAUGGCAACUGGCUCUACAGCGCUGGUAUAGGAAAUGACCCCAGAGAGAACAGGAAGUUCAACAUGAUUAAGCAAGGCCUUGAUUAUGAUAACAAUGGUGACUAUGUGCGACAGUGGCUUCCAGAGCUGCAGAAAAUCAGGGGAUCUGAUGUUCACACACCCUGGACCCUCAGCUCUGCUGCGCUGUCACAUGCGCAAGUGUCCCUCGGCGAAACAUACCCCACCCCUAUCAUCAUAGCGCCUGAAUGGAGCAGACACGGGAACAAGAAACCGAGUGGUACAGGACCUUCCCCGAGAGGAAAAAAAGGCCCAUCUCACACUCCUAAACAGCAUCGUGACAGAGGCAUAGAUUUCUAUUUCUCUAGAAGCAAAAAUCUGUGAUCUACCUCAAAAAAAAACUAACACAUGGAUAUAACACCGAGGAUGGAAGCUCCAAUGAUACAAACCUGGACAGAAAUGUGUUGAUUGGGGAAAGUUGUCAGACGAUGGUUUGAGGAGUGGUUUGCAUGUUCCUACUUUUGCAUCAACAGUUGAACUUCAUGAGACGUCUCUAGAUUAUGCCAUCGUUUCUCUAGAAAUUAGGUCUCAUAAAGCUCCUUUCCUGAAUGCGCCACUACAUUUCCUGUUAUAUUGCUGCAAUUGUGGAAGCCACACUGUGGGUUUGUUUCCACACCAGCAAAUUAGUUAGAAUGAUCUUUCUUGUGAAGAUUUUUUUGUGCAGAUUUGUUUUUCUUGCAAUUUUCUUAUGUCUGUUUGGAUAUACAGCUGUUUUUACUUGAUUCAAUUUCAAGGUUUGCCUAACUGUGGCAGUUACGAAAUAAAAUUGCAAAAUGGGA